GCUAGAGAAAAAAGAGAGCUUAAAAAUAACAAAAUUUUGAAAAUAAAUGAAAAUUUCUACUCAAGAAAUAAUUUAAAAAUAAAUUCACUUUAAAAUGUUGAAUAUAUUUUGUUCGUUCCUCUUUUUGAGAUAAUAAAUGAAAUAGUUUUUUGUUAUUCCAAUACUUUUUCGUUUGUAAUAUUAAUUUUUAAUGUUCCGCAAAGAAAAUUAUGUGAAAACAAAAAUAUUAAAGACGAAAAACAAAAAUAUAUUACUUAAUUAUGAAAUCAUAUGGUUAAUACUAAAAUAAAUUCAUGAGAUUGUGAAAAUUUCUCUUUAAAUCCUUAAUCCCCUUUUAAGCAACUCAUGUCCAAUACAGAGAAUGUCAAACAAAUCGGAAAUCAUAGAUAAUUUAACCAAUUCUAGAGGUCAUCCGAAAAUACCUCUAAAACCAUUUACAAAAUAUCGUAGAAGAUUUAAAUAACACAUAAAGUAUAAGCAAACGUUAAGACUUAAAGCGACGACGGCGUAAAACAAAAUGUCUACACCUCGUCAAUCGUUUCGCCGAGAAAGGAAAGAGAAACCACCCUUCCAACGUUUUAAGGAUCAUUUUCGAAAGUUCACCGCCUUUAUGUUUAGUAAUGUUGGCAUUAUAUUACUGGUAAUAUUAUAUACAAUUGGUGGUGCCUUUAUAUUUCAAGCGAUUGAGAUAUUCGAAUAUGAAAUCAGCAAAGAUGUGGUGCCCGAAAAGUAUGGUCUGUUAACGCGUAAUUUUACGGCGGAAUGUUUGGAGCGUAUAUGGCAGGAGACAGCGCAAAAUAUAGGAUUUUAUGAUGCGAAAGUGUAUAAGAGAAGAGUUAACGAAAUAUUACUGGAAUUCCAAAGAUCAGUUGUACACAAUCAUUUAGUGGGUCAAGACAUUAGUAAACAAUGGAGCUUUUCGGGAGCAUUUUUGUAUUCAUUAACCGUUAUUACAACCAUAGGCUAUGGCAAUAUAUCACCACGUUCCGAUUGGGGCAAAUUAGCCACCAUAGUCUAUGCCAUCAUAGGCAUGCCUUUGUUUCUUUUAUAUCUCUCUAAUAUUGGUGAUGUUUUGGCGAAAUCUUUUAAAUGGAUUUAUUCAAAAGUUUGUCUUUGUCGCAUUUGCCCGGGAGUGGCGAGAAGGCGUUUAAUACGUGAGCGACGUAAACUACGACAAAUGAUGAUGAGUAAAGCGCUGGCCGAUAUGGAAGAAUCAAGACGUAGUAAAUAUGAGUCCUGCACUAGUAGUAGUAAUAGCUCGGAUAGUGCUACCAGUUAUUAUAGCGAAGAAAGUGAAACAUCAUCUAGUUCUUCUAGAAGUUUGGGGCGUGGUCGAGAGCCCAAUGGUUUAGAUAUGUUAGAUUUAUUUGAUGACGACGAUGAUUCCGAUAUUGAGCGGGAAAUAAAAGGUAGUACAGAUGAGAUAACGGUACCUCUAACAGUGUGUGUUUUCAUAAUGAUAAGCUAUAUUUUAUGGGGUGCUUUACUCUUUGGCCAAUGGGAAUCUUGGGGAUAUUUAGAUGGCAGCUAUUUCUGUUUUAUAUCCUUAAGCAGUAUUGGUUUUGGUGAUCUAGUGCCAGGUGAUCGUGUGAUAACCGCUGACAAAGACAAAGUCGAAGUAAGCUUUAUUUUAUGUGCCGUUUAUCUUUUACUAGGCAUGGCUUUGAUUGCCAUGUGUUUCAAUUUAAUGCAGGAACAAGUUAUUCAUAAUAUCCGUGCCAUUAAACGAGCUUUUAAAGCUUGUUUUCGUUGCAAGAAGAGAUAGAAAUAAUGUCAUACCAAACUCAUUAUGCCACACUAUGUGUUCCCGGUAUCAACGUAAAGAAAUUAAGAGACAUUUAAUCAAAUGUUUUUUUAUUGUUUUAAAUUAUUUUAUAAAGUAUUUUUUAAGUAGUUUUAUUUAAGAUUUGUUUUAAUAGAUAUUUAGAUGGUUGCCCCGUAAUUAUAAAUAACUUUUAAUUAAUAUUAUUGCUCUAUAUAGAUUUUAAAUUUUAUUAAUAUUUACAGAAAAUUGUGGUCUAAAUUUUAAUCCCUUAUUUUUCUUUGAGGUUUUGUUAUUCUUUUAUAAGUUUAUUGUUUUUUAAUUAAUUUUUAAUAUUGUAUAUAUAAUUUUUUAAUAAAUCUAUCCCUCCAAUAUUUCAUAAAUAAUAAGAAUAAUUUUGUAAAUAUCAAUAUUUUAGAAAUUACAUGUAUCUAUAAGCUAUGUUAUUCGAAAUAAACUAAGAAUAUUCAAAAAAUUUAU